CCUCGGGGGCGGGGCCCGGCGGGCGGGGCCUGGGGCGCCGGAAAAGCUGGCACUGGAAUUCGAACUGGAGUGGCUGCCCCAGUGUCCGCUGCCUGGGCUGUGGGCGUCUGACCCCGACCGCAGGCGGCCCCAGGGGCGGGACAGAGGCUGUGAGGUACCUUGUUUUUCUGAAAAGAACUGAUCAUGUCAGAAUGACAGGAAGCUCUCUGUGCACACGGCCGUCUGUGGGAGCUUUGAAGACAAUAAAAUAGUAUUCGUUCUACCGGGGAGCUCCUCUGCAUCGAGCGACGGUGAAAAAUGUUUCGGAAAGGCAAAAAACGGCACAGUAGCAGCAGUUCCCAGAGCAGUGAAAUCAGUACUAAGAGCAAGUCUGUAGACUCCAGCCUUGGCGGGCUCUCACGAUCCAGCACCGUGGCCAGCCUCGAUACAGAUUCUACCAAAAGCUCAGGACAAAGCAAUAACACUUCAGAUACCUGUGCAGAAUUUCGAAUAAAAUAUGUUGGUGCCAUUGAGAAACUGAAAUUCUCUGAAGGGAAAAGUCUUGAAGGGCCCCUAGACCUGAUAAAUUAUAUAGAUGUUGCCCAGCAAGAUGGAAAGUUGCCUUUCGUUCCUCUGGAGGAAGAAUUUAUUAUGGGAGUUUCCAAGUAUGGUAUAAAAGUGUCAACAUCAGAUCAGUAUGAUGUCCUGCAUCGGCACGCUCUGUAUUUAAUCAUCCGGAUGGUGUGUUACGAUGAUGGUCUGGGGGCAGGAAGAAGCUUGCUGGCUCUGAAGACCACAGAUGCCAGCAAUGAGGAAUACAGCCUCUGGGUUUAUCAGUGCCACAGCCUGGAGCAAGCACAAGCCAUCUGCAAAGUUUUAUCCACCGCUUUUGACUCCGUAUUAACAUCUGAGAAAUCCUGAAUUCUGCAAUCAAGUGGAAGCUGACUUCGUGUGGGAGUUCGGUGGUUUUCAGUCUGCAGGGUUGAGCUAUUAUGGGAGUAGGAAGUGGUGAAAGCGAAGAAAUGCGGUGUGUAACAUACUGAUCAUUUGCUUUUCUAUUAAAAUGUGUCUUAUUACGGUGAGUUAACUCUCAAC